AUGACACAGGCAGUUUCGGGCAAGGAUGGCCAGAAGGAUGCAUCGUCAGCGAUGCAAAAGGUGAAACGGUACAUCCCGACCAAGGAGGAUCUUGGAAGAUGUUUCGCCUACAUUCGGCUCCUCUUCUCGCUGGAUUACACGAUCACCGACGUCCUGCUCAUAGUCGGUGGCGUGUUCUUCGGCAUCUGCGCCGGCCUCCCCUUCCCUCUACUUGGAAUUGUCUUUGGUGAUCUGAUCAACGAGCUGAACACGGUCACCUGUAGUUCCGAGGCCAGCGCGCCGACUGAGCUUUCAUCGGCGGUGCGCACGAAAGUGUUGUAUGUCAUCUACAUCACCAUCGCAAACUUCUGCUUCAUCUACAUCCACACAACAUGCUGGUGCUUGGUGAGCGAGCGCCUGGCGCGCCGCUACCGGCGCCGCUACUUUGAGAGUAUCAUCAGGCAGGAAGCCAACUUCAUCGAAUCGCUUCCGUCGGGGGACAUCGUCUCCCGGCUUGUCAGCGACAUUGAGGUCGUGCAGUCCGGCACCUCGGAGAAAGUGGGUCUCGUCAUUUCGACCCUGUCGUAUUUUGUCGCCGCCUACAUCGUCGCCUUCAUCAAGGUGCCGAAGAUCGCGGGUAUGCUGGUCUCGGUGGUGCCCUGUUUCUUCCUGAUGGCUCUCGGCGGAGGCCACUACAUCAAGAAAUUCGCGGGCCGCCUUGCGGAGAAUGUCAACGCCGCGACGUCCAUCGCUUCGUCCAGUCUGUCGCAUCUGACGCUGGUGCACGCUUUCAAUGCCAACGACCGGCUGGAGAAACGUUUUGCUGGCUAUCUCUCGCAAUCGAGGAAAGACGCCGUCAAGAAGGCCGCUACGCACGCUGCUCAGCUGGGCUUCCUCUACUUCAUCGCCUACUCGGCCAAUGCGUUGGCCUUCUGGGCCGGUGCCCACAUGAUCUCGGAUUCGGUGGCCAACGGGGGCUCGGGAGCCUCCGUGGGCGCCGUCUUCACCGUCAUCUUCGUGCUCAUCGACGCGUCUUUCAUUCUCAGCCAGGUCGCGCCGUUUAUCCACGUCUUCGCCUCCGCAGCGGGCGCUUCGGAGCGGCUGUUGCAGGUAAUCAACCGGCCGUCAGCGAUUGAUGGGACCUCGGAUGAGGGCGACAAGUCGGCCGGAUUCGGGCAAGAAGAUAUCCGCUUCGAAGACGUUCACUUCACCUAUCCCUCGCGACCAGAUGUUCCCGUGCUGCAGGGCGUGACGUUCAACAUCCCGCCCAAGAAGCAUACGGCGAUCGUCGGUCCGUCCGGCGGAGGCAAGUCCACCGUCGUUGCGCUUCUGGAACGGUUCUACGACCCCAAGUCGGGAAACGUCAUGAUCGGGGACAAGAACUUCCGGGAUCUCAAUGUGCGCUAUCUGCGCGGAAACAUCGGGUUCGUCCAACAGGAGCCGUCGCUGCUGGACCGCACGAUCCUGGAAAACAUCGCAUAUGGUCUGGUUUCGUCCGCGGCCGAGAAACACCAGCGACUGGCGCCCUUCAUCCUCGACUCGAGUCUGCCUGAUCUUGCGCAGAGGAUCCGAGAGGGCAUCUCGGAGAAGGAUGCGCUGAGCGGCUAUGACGGCUGCGUGGCCGAAAUCGUCGAUCUGGUCAAGGAGGCGGCUGCCAGCGCAAACGCGCUGGGGUUCAUCGAGGCUCUGCCGCACGGUUUCGCCACGAACGUAGGCACGGCGGGAAACCAGAUGAGUGGCGGCCAGAAGCAACGGAUCGCCCUGGCGCGCGCACUGGUCCGUGAACCCUACCUGCUGAUUCUGGAUGAGGCGACCGCGGCGCUCGAUUCGACGAGCGAGCAGCUGAUCCAGGUUGCGCUGGCCAAGGUGUCCGAGCGCAUCACCACGGUCUCGAUUGCGCAUCGGCUGGCGACGGCCAAGAGCGCGCACAAGAUUGUCGUUGUCCAGGCUGGCCGGGUCACGGAGGAAGGAUCCCAUGGGGCGUUGGUUGCGCGGGGCGGGGUGUAUGCGGAGAUGGUGCGACUUCAGAAUCUGGGUCGGCUGAAUGCGAAGGAUGCUGCGUUCCCGCAGGAUAUGAUUAUGGAGCAACGGGCCAUUCCGGAAUCGCGGGAUCUGCUGGAUGAAAAGCAGGCAAUGGCUGAUGCCCAUGAAUCGGACAUAACGGAGGAUACGGUCGUGGGGGAAUCGCCGCCCGGCUCCCAGGACGGAAGUGAAGAUGAAAAGAAGAAGAAGAAGAAGAGGCAGCGUUCCGGGUGGUUCGUGACUCGAUACAUGUUCUCCCUGGUCCGACCCAACCUGCACUGGAUCAUGCUAGGGCUUGCCAUGUCCGUCAUCAUCGGCGGCAGCUACUCGGCGGAGGCCAUCGUAUUCGGCCACACGGUUGGUAGCCUGAGUCUCUGCAGGCCAGCCGAAGCGAUCAGCCACGACGGCAAUCUCUAUGGCUUGCUGUUCUUCAUCCUCGCCCUGAUCGAACUGGCCGCAAAUGUGGUCGGCGGCUGUGCUUUCGGCUGGGCCGCCGACAAAGUGCUGUACCGGAUCCGGGUUUUAUCGCUGCGGUCGCUGCUGGGUCAAACGAUGCAGUGGCACGGCUCCGAGGACCGGACGCCGGGCACCCUGAUCACAUAUAUCACCGGUGAUGCGUCCGCGCUGGGCGGGAUCACGGGCACCACCAUUGGUCUUCUGCUCGCGACUGCCGUCAACCUGAUUGCGGGCCUGGUGAUCUCAUUCGCGAUCGCAUGGAAGAUCACCAUCGUGCUGUUCCCGACCAUCCCCGUGCUGCUGGCGGCGGGGGUGAUGAAACUGCGCGUGCAAGCGCAGCUCGCCGAACGGCACCAGAAGGCCUUUGCGAAAGCGACCGCCGUCACAGUCGAGGCGGUCGACAACAUCCGCGCCGUGUCUGCAUUCUCCCUGGAGAAACAGUCGUAUGCAGUCUACAGCCGGGCGCUCCAGGCUCCCUACCAGGCCACCCUCAAGGCCACCUUCCACGGCAAUGCUUGGUUAGCACUGGCGUUUAGCAUCAGCAACCUGGUGUAUGCGCUCGCGUACUGGUGGGGCUCGCGCCAGAUUGCCGAGGGCCGCUAUUCCCAGACGCAAUUCUUCAUCGUCAUGCCGGCGUUACUGUUCAGCACGCAGUCGUGCGGGCAGAUGUUUGCCCUGGCGCCCGACAUCUCCAAGGCCGGGGUGGCGUCGUCGAACAUCGUCGAGCUGCUCACGACCCGCUCUGCGGAAGAGGAAGUGAGUCCGGGCUCGUCGCAGAGCAUCCUGCCGUCCCGCAGCCUGCUCGCGGAGAAGGCGGCGGCGGCGGCGGCGGCGCGGGAUCUCGAGGCGCAGGAGUAUGCGCGCUCGGCGCAGCGACGGGCCACGGAACGGGGCGGCAUGGGCGCGCGGCUGUGCGACGUCCACUUCACCUACCCCAACCGCCCGGAGCGACUGAUCCUGCGGGGGUUGAGUCUCGAGAUCCCACCGGGCCAAUUCUGCGCGUUGGUGGGGCCCAGCGGAUCGGGCAAAUCGACCACCUUCGCGAUGCUGGAGCGGUUCUACCGGCCCAAUGCCGGCGCGGUGCUCAUCGACGGGGUGGACGUCACCCGGCAGAUCGGGACGGAGUUCCGCGACGACAUCGCGCUGGUGCCGCAGGAGAACGUCCUCUUCGAAGGCACGGUGGCCUUCAACAUCGGGCUGGGCGCCUGCCCGGGCCACGAACCCACGCCGGCGGAGAUCGAGGAGGCGUGCCGCAUGGCGCAGAUCCACGAUGUGAUCGUAGCGCUACCGGACGGGUACCAGACGCUGUGCAGCCGCGACGGCAAGCAGUUCUCCGGCGGACAACGGCAGCGGCUGUCGAUUGCGCGGGCGCUGGUCCGUCAACCGCGGCUGCUCCUGCUGGACGAGUCGACGAGCGCGCUGGACGUGGAGUCGGAGAAACGCAUCCAGGAGGCGCUGGCGACGCUGGCGGGGCGCACGACGGUGGUGGCCAUCGCGCAUCGGCUCAACACCAUCCACCGGGCGGACCAGAUCUUCCUGAUUGAAGACGGACGCUGCGUGGAACAAGGCACGCACCAGGAGCUGAUUCAGCGGAGUGAGACGUACCGCACGAGUGUGAUCCACCAGUCGCUCGAGACGUGA